AUGAGUACGCUAUCAGAUGAUCGUGACCCAACCGAAGGUGACGACGAACGCGAUCGUAAACGGAAAUUAUUUUCAACAAAAACGCUUAUAUCAAAAGAAAAGAGUAGCACAUUUUUAAUUGGUACUGAAGCCAGUGAAGAAGCUCUAACGACUGCACAAGAUUUCAAAAGUCUCUUGAGACCAAAGAAAAAAAAUGGUUUCAAAUUAAUUAAAACAAAAACCAAAGUUGCAUCAGAUCAGAAAGAACGACGAUCAAGUUUAAAAGAUGAAAAACGAAAAUCAAAGGCAAAUCGUGAUAGUGUUGCAAGUACUGCAGGUUUAGUCGAACAACUUCGUCUAAUAAUCGGUUUAUCACUGGAAGAAGCUACUAAACAUAAUCCAUUACAAAAUGAUGAUCUAUCUGUACCAAGGUUUUUAGUUGAUUGUAUAAAUAUUAUUGAGCAAGCUCAUCCACAAGAUAGUGUCUAUCGGCAAGAACCAGUAAAAAUCAAACAACCAGCUGAUCUUGAAAACGCUUUAAAACAACCAUUAACACCAGCAUUUGCUGUUAGUUUACUUAAACGUUUUCUUAAAGAAUUACCUGAACAAUUAAUACCAACUGAAUUAAGUAGUGCAAUCUUUAAAAUUAUCAAUGAUCCAGGUCAUGAUGGUAAUCGCUUUUCUGAAAUUCGAAAUCAUUUACAAAAACUUCCAAAAUCAAAUCGCGAUACAAUACGUCUAUUAUUUCUUCAUUUACAUGAUGUUAUUCAUCAGCCACAUGCAAUGUCUCCUACUCCAACAUCAUCAAAGAGUGGUGAAUCAUCAUUUAUAUUUGGUUCUAUAGCUGCAUUGAUUAAAAGUAAAGAUCGUACUGUUAAAUAUUUAAUACAACAUGCACCUGAUCUAUUCGAUCGGCCGGAAUCAUCUCGAGGUUCAUUAAAUAAAAAUGUCUCACGAUCUUCACUUCACUCGGAAACUAUUGAAGAACUAGAAGCAGAAUUAGCUAAACAGGAAACAUUAUUAAAUAAAAUGCAUGAAGAUAUGCAAAAAUCUCAACCUGUCUCAUCAACAUACGGAACAACAACACCAACGAAUGUGGAUAAAGAUAAAGAAGAACAAUUAUGGACUCAACAACGGCUUGUUACAGCGCUUAAACGAAAGAUUAAACAAGAAACUCGUCGUUUACAACCAAAUCGUCUUUCAUCAUUUCUUGAACAUUCGGCCGCAAUAGCUGCUAGUGUUUCACUACCUGAAUCAACUACAUCUCAUCAACCUGAAGUUAUUUUAAUUGUUAAUAAACGAGAGGAAACAUCGAAAACUCAGCAAACGCCUGGAUCACAUGACGAAACACCAAAACUAUCAAAUGUUCCGAUAAGUCCGAAGCCUAUUCGACAACGUGAACAAAGUGGAGUUGAAACCGAUGAUGAUGAAUUAAUUAGUCAUAUACACAAAAUUCUUGAUAGUCAUGCUGGUGUGCCAGAAGAAGAAUUACUAAAAGAAAAAAUUGCUGAAGCUCGUAUUCUCGCACGAUUAAAAGCAAUUUAUAAUUCAUUUAUGACCGAAAAAGAAAAUUUAACUAAAUUGGAACAACAAAUGAAUGAGAAAUCAUCUGAUUUACCUACUACAAAUCCAGCAAUGACAGCACCAGCAGAAAAUGAUGCAUCAUCAAAUCAAACUGUAGAUAUUUUACAGGAACUAUUGAAUACCAUCAAACAAAAUAAUCAAUUGGAGACGAAAAUCGAAGCUAUUAAACGAAAUAUUGAUAAUGAAAAUGAACGUAUUGAAGAUUUGUGUAUUGAAUUACGUUUUGGACGUUUAUCGAGUAGAAUUCAUCUAAAUAAUAAUACGAAUCCACCAUUAUCACCAACAGCACCAUCUGCUACUACAAAUAUUCAAGUGACUAAACUAAAUCAAGCUAAUCUAAAUUUAUUCCGAUUUGCUAGUAUUAAUACAUCAUCAUCAUCAUCGUCAAAAACUGAAGCUGAAACGGUAUUGAAUGAUGUUUUAAAAGUACGUUUUCCAAAUGCUCGUCUUAUUGACAUCAAAGAUACUUCUGCUGGUUGUGGGGCAAGUUAUGAAAUCGUUGUCGUAACCGAUGAAUUUGCCAAUAUGCGUAUGGUUAAUCAACAUCGUUUAGUAUCCGAAGCACUUAAAAAACAAUUGCCAAAUAUUCAUGCCAUUCGAAUAUUUACUGGAACGGAUGAAAAACAAUUUCUGGAUUCAUAA